AUGUGGAAUCCACGAAGUUUAAACUCUCCAGCCAUAAUUUAUGAUAUCGGAUCUGAAUUCUGCAAAGCAGGUUUUUCUGGAGGAACUAGACCCCAUUACGUCCUCACCUCUGUUGUGGGGCAUCCACAAUGGAGAUGUAAAGCAAGAAUGUUAAAGAAGGAGUACUUUGUGGGUGACGAUGCCUUGUACCACCCUGAGACUCUAACACUUCAAUUUCCUGUUGUGCGUGGCCUUAUCAAGAAAAUGGAUGAAAUGGAGAACCUAUGGAAAUACCUUUUCGAGCGUGAACUAGUUGUGAACCCCAGUAACCACCCUGUACUCAUGACUGAGACCUCCUUGAAUCCAAGACAGAUUCGCGAGAAGAUAGUAGAGGUGAUGUUUGAGACCUUCAAUGUGCCUGCCUUCUAUCUGUCUAACGACGCAGUGUUAGCACUCUAUGCCGCUGGUUAUGUCACCGGCCUGGUGGUGGAGAGUGGGGAUGGCGUCACUUGUACCGUCCCAGUCUUCGAGGGUCACUGCCUUCCUCAUGCUAUCAGCAAGCUCUACAUAGCUGGAAGGGAUGUCACAGAAUACCUUUCCCGGUUUGUCCGUGCCAGAAACUAUGGUCACUACAACAGAGUUACUAGAGGUAUGGUGGUUGAUAUCAAAGAGAAACUGGGCUAUGUGGCCUUGGAUCCAGUGGAGGAGAUAAUAAAGAGGCCAAAAAGGGGCAAGAAACAAUACAUACUGCCAGACGGCAAGGUCCUCCGCGUUGGAAAUGAGAUAUACCGUGGGCCUGAGGGCCUCUUUAUGCCGGAAGUGUUGAGAAUCCACAGCCCUGGGGUCCACGAAAUGGUCAUUAACAGUGUCAUAAAGUGUGACCUUGAAAUCCAAGAAUCCCUUUUUGGGGAGAUUGUGGUGGCAGGGGGCACCACUCUGUUAACUGGGUUUGAGGACCGUCUGUUGAGAGAGUUGAAAUCAGUCGCUAACAGAGGGGCCACCGUCAAGAUCACGGCUUGCGCUAACAGGUUGUACGCCGGGUGGAUUGGUGCAUCCAUGUUCAGUUCUCUGAGUACAUUCAAACAGAUGUGCAUCACUUCUGCUGAAUUCAAAGAGUAUGGAUCAAUUGUGGUCCAGAAGAAAUGCUUUUAG